GGCAGCAGCAGCAGCAGCAGCAGCAGCAGCAGCAGCAGCAGCUUCGCUCGCUUCCGCAAAAAGGCAGAGAGUCGCCGACGUCGCCCCUCGUUCUCUCCUCCUCCGAUGAAAACGAUCGUCGACGCCCGUGCGCCGCGCUGCUCGCCCUUUUGAAAACGAUAUAUAUCGCGUCGUGUCGCGUGCGCUACCUGUACGUGUGUACCGUCGGUGUGCUGUGUGUGCGCGCGUGCGUGCGUGUGUGUACAUUUGUGUGCGUGCGUAUAUAUACAUAUACACAUAUACACAUAUCUAUAUGCGUUGAAGAGAGAGAGCGCGCGCGCGCGCCUUCUCGCUCGUCGUCGUCGUCGUCGCCGUCGUCGUGUCGUCGUUUCGUUUCGUUUCGUUUCGUCGUCGCGAGCGUUCGGCUUCUCGCCACGGCCCAUCUCACCGAGUCAUUCUCUUCUCGCGUGGACGUCUCGAGUUUUAUAACCUUAAAGGAGUAAGUGACGGUUUUAUGUAUAUCUCUUCUUGGUGUUUAUACAUUCGUGCGACGUGUCUCCCGAGGACUCAUAAAAUCGGUUUUUAAAUAGAAACUUUCUUAAUCGCGUGGUGUUCUUCUUACGUCGCUCGUGCGCUCGUCGUUGCGAGUCUGUGGAGAAAAAAAGAAGGAAAGUGCGUAGUAAUCGAUGUGAGGAAAGUCGAAGUCGACGAAUCCCCCGAGGCACCUCGCCGCCGUUGCGUGAGAAGGAGAGAGAACGAGCGAGAGAGAGAACAGAUAGGGAGGGAGAAGGAAGAAGAGAAGAGAGAGAGACGGAGCGAAGCACGGAACCGUAGGUGGGACAGAGAGGCCAACGCACCGACGACGAGCCGGGAAUUCGAUCGUGUUCGAAGCUCCGUCAGGGAGCUCCAGGGGUGGCAACGGUCUCGCUCGGAAGCGUCGAAGGUGGCGCGAGGGGUGGACGAGUCGGCGUUGGCCUGGCUCUGGUUCCGGUGGUAGCAGUAAAAGCAAGAAAAGCGGAAGCCGCGUUAGUAGUUGAGGCAAAAACUGUAGCAAGCUAUUCUCGGCCAGAGGUAGCAGCAACAGCAACAGCAGCAGCAGCAGAAGCAGAAGCAGUAAUAACAGGAGUAUUACUCGUGGAAAGGCUACUAGGAGUCGGCGGACUGGGAACGCUGAACGUUCAAGAAGAGAGUCAUCGUCGCAAGAAGGGACCUUCCUCGUCUUCUUCUUCUUCUUCUAUUUUUUCUCUUCUUUUCCUUGCCCUUGUUUUCUUACCUUUUCACCUACCUCCACUUUCUCCUCCAACUCCGCUUCCACCUGCUCCUCCACCUCCUCCACCACCGCCUCUACCUCCUGUUACACCACCUCGCACCUCCAACGUUCAACGUAAAAAGCUUCACGGCGAGUUUCGAACUUCUUUCGAAGACGAACCAACACCGACGACGUGACACCGGCGUAAAGUCGGGCCAACGAGGCCCCCCCUCCCCCUCCCUCGUCGGAAGACAAGCAAAUUCGCGCGCCAAACGAGACAGUUAACUAUCUGCUCUCGCUUAUUCUACAUCCAUCUUCCAAAUACAACGGACGUAUUCUGACCCUCUUAAACGGACUAUCGAGAAGUACAGAAAAUCGCAAACACGACGGGCACCAUGAACGAGCUCGACAGCCUUCGCCAGGAGGCGGAGACCCUCAAGAAUGCUAUUCGAGAUGCAAGAAAGGCUGCAUGCGACACGAGCUUGGACCAAGCGACGGCCGGCUUGGAACCAAUCGGUCGAAUACAAAUGCGUACGAGACGUACUUUGCGAGGUCACUUGGCCAAAAUCUAUGCUAUGCAUUGGGGAAGCGAUUCCAGGAACCUAGUCUCUGCCUCGCAAGACGGCAAGCUGAUCGUUUGGGACAGUUACACGACCAACAAGGUACAUGCCAUCCCUCUACGUUCCUCGUGGGUGAUGACCUGCGCGUAUGCACCGUCGGGUAGUUACGUGGCUUGCGGUGGCCUGGACAACAUAUGUUCCAUUUAUAGCCUUAAAACAAGAGAAGGAAAUGUACGGGUCAGCAGAGAAUUACCAGGACAUACCGGAUACUUGUCCUGUUGUCGAUUUUACGACGACAACCAAAUCGUCACUAGCUCGGGUGACAUGACCUGUGCUCUGUGGGACAUCGAGACCGGUCAACAAUGCACUUCGUUCAUCGGGCACACAGGAGACGUAAUGUCCCUCUCGCUGGCUCCCGAUACACGCACCUUCGUUUCCGGUGCGUGCGAUGCUAGCGCAAAACUUUGGGAUAUUCGUGAAGGGUCUUGCAAGCAGACUUUCCCUGGACACGAGAGUGACAUAAAUGCCGUUACGUUCUUCCCCAACGGAUAUGCUUUCGCGACGGGUUCGGAUGACGCUACUUGCAGACUCUUUGACAUUAGAGCGGAUCAAGAACUGGCGAUGUAUAGCCACGACAAUAUUAUUUGCGGUAUUACGAGUGUAGCUUUCAGCAAGAGCGGUAGAUUGUUGUUAGCUGGCUACGACGACUUCA